GUGGAUGCUGUGGCUCAACGAAACGUGUAACUACCGUUGGAGGAUGGUCAUGGGCGUGGUGGUGCGUCACCGACGUCCAGCGUCUUUCUCUCGAAGUUAUGACGCUGAACCCUCAUUGCAUCAGCGUUGAGACAUCUCAGGGCGUCCCUCUUUCCGUUUCAGGGGUUGCCCAAUGCAAGAUCAUGAAAGCCGACGAACUACUGCACACUGCCUCCGAACAAUUCCUCGGGAAAAGCGUCAAGGAGAUCAAGAUGACCAUUUUGCAGACCUUGGAGGGUCAUUUGAGAGCUAUACUUGGAACUCUUACAGUCGAAGAGGUCUACCGCGACCGGGAUCAAUUUGCUGCCCUGGUUCGCGAAGUGGCUGCUCCAGAUGUCGGCCGGAUGGGUAUCGAAAUCCUAUCGUUUACCAUCAAGGACGUUUAUGAUGAGGUGCAAUACCUCACGUCUCUCGGCAAGGCCCAAACAGCCAUGGUCAAGAGAGACGCUGAUGCGGGAGUCGCAGAGGCGAACAGAGAUGCUGGUAUUAGGGAAUCUGAAUGUCAGAAGUCUGCAAUGGAUAUCAAGUAUUCCACAGAUACAAAAAUCGAAGACAAUUCUAGAAUGUUUAAGUUGCAAAAAGCGAACUUUGACCAGGAAGUCAACACUGCAAAAGCACAAGCUCAGUUAGCCUACGAACUACAAGCCGCAAAAAUUCGACAAAGAAUCCGAAACGAAGAAAUUCAGAUCGACGUUGUUGAGAGAAAGAAACAGAUCGAAAUUGAAGCACAGGAAGUUCUCAGAAAAGAACGAGAAUUGAAUGCUACUGUGCGCCUACCAGCUGAGGCCGAGAGUUACAAAGUCGAAAUCCUCGCUGAAGGAAGAAGGACACAAACCGUAAAGACCGCCCAAGCUGAGAGUGAGAAGAUCAAGAUGUUGGGUACCGCUGAAGCUUCCGCCAUUGCCGGCGUUGGUAAAGCCGAAGCCGAAAGAAUGAGACAAAAAGCCGCUGUUUACAAGCAAUACGGAGACGCUGCCAUUAUGUCGCUCGUCCUCGAGGCCUUACCUAAGAUUGCUGCCGAAGUGGCCUCUCCUCUUGCGAAGACCGAAGAAAUCGUCUUGAUCGGAGGUCCAGACAAUACCACAUCUGACAUCACCCGCUUGGUCGGACAGAUACCCCCAGCACUCCAAGCCUUAACGGGAGUCGAUCUCUCCAAGACCUUAUCUAAAAUUCCUGGCGCUUCUUACACCCCCAAGCCGACAGCUGUCAAAUAAUUCUAAAAUUGAACGCACUACCUUUUGUCAAAUUUUAUUAUUACUGUCGUAGCUGGCAAAAAACAGCUUACAUCUUUGCUACGGGUUUUAUACCUCUUUGAUAUUUGUUGAUGUCUAAUGGUAUGAUCACAAUCAUUUUUACGUUGGAGGGUGAUUUAAUUCAUAUUUUUUCAACUUAGAUUUUGUAAGUAAAAGUUUAAAAGGUUGUACAACCCAAGAAGCUUCCAUGUGUGUUAUAAUUACGAAAUAAGUAUUUUCGCACAUGCUAUUUUUUGUUUCAAAAUAUUGUUUACCGAUGGAUAAAUCUAAAAAUGUUUUUCAAUUUAUAUCUUAUCUAGUACAAAACGUUUACUUUUGCAAAUUGUCGAUUAGUCACGUAGUUUUGUUUGCAAAAACAUAUCUACCAUUAGUUAUCACAUCACCUAUAUUUCUAAAUAUAUCUUAUAAGUCUAAAUAUAUUUUAUACACUUCUCCAAGAAAUUAACGCACCACCUCAAAAAUUGGUAAUUUUUAGUGCCUGGAAUCUCCUAAACCUGUUGUCCGAUUUAAGUGAUUUCUAACAUGAUAUAGCCUUAUUCUUCAACAAUAUCGCUCUAAUAAUAUUAUUACUAGACAGGUAAAUUGCCAUUGUAUACCGGGUGUACCAAUCAAACGGUGAUUUUUUCUCAAAGUUCGCGUCACCCUGUGGCAUAUUCUACCAUAUAUAAAAUACUAAAAUUAAAACCCAACUGUAGCCUCAUGUUUUCUUAACAUUAUGUUUUUUGAUUCAUUCGCUUAUGCUGGAUAAUAAAAAAGUUAGGUACUUUAACAACUAGCCUUGUUUUUCAUCAAUACAGGGUAUUUUUAAAUAAGUAUAGCAAACUAUAAUGGGUAAUUCUACAUGAAAAAAUAAUGACAGUUUGCUUUAUAAACGUAUGUCCGCAAAUGCUUCGUUUCCGAGGUAGGGAGCGUUGAAAUUUUUCUUACAAACUGACGAUUUAUUUAUUGUUCUAAAACCGGAUGAUAUAUGCAAAUGAAAUUUGGUGGAUUGUAACAGGUAGUUAUUGUGCAUUUUUUGACAUAAAAUUAAGAAUUUUAUGUUCACCAUUGGCGAUCAUAAGGGUCAUAUUAUCCGUAUGCGCGCCAAUGGUGAAUAUGAAAGUCCUAAUUGUAUACCAAAAAAUGCGCAAUAACUAUCUCUUAAAAUCCACCAAAUUUCAUUUGCAUAUCUUAACCGGCUUUAGAGCAAUAAAUAAAUCGUCAGUUUGUAAGAGACAUUUCAACAGCUCCUAUCUCGGAAACUAUAUAAGCAUUUGCGAACAUACGUUUAUAAAGCAAACUGUCAUUAUUUUUCAUGCAGAUUUACCCCUUAAAGUUUUCCAUACUUAUUUAAAAACACCCUGUAUUGACGAAAACCAAGGCUAGUUGUUAAAGUACCUAACUUUCUUAUUAUCCAACAUAAGUGAAUUAAUCAAAAUACAUAAUGUUAAGAAAACAUGAGGCUAUAGUUGGGUUUUAAUUUCAGUAUUUUAUAAAUACUAGAAUAUUCCACAGCUUUGAGAAAAAAAUCACAGUUUGAUUUGUACACCCAGUAUACAAUGACAAUUUACCUGUCUAGCAACAAUAUUAUUACAGCGAUAAUGGUAAAGAAUAAGGCUAUAACACAUUAAAAAAUUACUUAAAUCGGACAACAGGUUUAGGAAAUUCGAGACACCAAAAAUUACCCAUUUUUAAGGUGCUGCGUUAAUUUCUUGGAGAAGUGUAAUGUAGUGGUGGUAAUAUAUUUUUUUCAACCACUCCGUUCACCUUUACUUUUUCCCAAAUCUAGUAAAAUUUGACAAAAAUCAUUAAGCUUGGCUUGCAGCUUAUGUGUUUGGACGACGGUUUAGAUCUUUGGAACGUUUUUGAUUUGAUAUUUAUAGGAAAAUUUAUUGUUGGCUAGAUACUUGCAUUUUGAAUAUCUCAGGUUUUAAAAUUAAUACUUAGACUUAAGUAAAGCAUAUGAACCACAACUUUGGGAACUUCAACGUGUAAAUGAUACGAAUUUAAUGGAUGUAGAAGAUAAAAUAAACUGAAUUAUAUCAAAUAUUUUUAAAUGAUUCUUCAACUAGAAAGAAGUUUAAACUUGGCAAGAACGUAGAGUAUAAUUUACGAGUUUUCCUAGUUUUUAGAAGUUUUCUGUACAUAUUAGGUUUGUUCGUAGUACGAUCAGCACCGUUGUCAACCAUCAGACGCAUGCGCCGUUAACAGCUAGCGAUGCGCAGUUAACAGCUAGCGUUUGUAGACUACGAACGCGCAUGCAUCUGAUGUUUGGCAAGGGUUACUGAUCGUAACUACGAACAAACCUUAUAAUCUUUUCUCUUACGUUCUGUCUUUUCGUUUUUUACUUUUAUUUUGUGAAAUAUAUAUUUCAGUUUGUUUUAAAAUCUAUGAGAACUGUAAAAUGCAAGAGACUAAGACAAGAAUUAAAAAUAUGUUGAAUGCUGCGAUAUAAUAGUGUUCAUGUAUUAUAAAUGUUAUUUUUGUGGAUCUGUCAUCAAUGAAAAGUAACUGGUGGUAACAUAUAUAAAAAAAAUUGACACUUAAUUUUUACUGCUAUUAACACGUCAUUACACGCCAUUUUAAUAUUAUUAAAAUGUGCAAAUUUUAUUUAAAAAUUCAAUUGGUAUUCCAAAUUAGAAUUGGUAAUGUUUUUCUCUCGUUUUUCCUUGUAUGUGACGAGAAAACACGCCCCUUAGCAAUUUGCCGCAUCGGACUUUUGAGACUACACGCUGUGGAUUUUAUCAUUGGAUAUUUUCAGAUUUUUAUAAUAAUUUAUUUGUGUGUGAUAUACAUAUACAUGUUUUUAAACUAAACUAAAUAUUAAGCAUGCAUACCUAGAUAUUAUAAAGUUAGAACACAAUGCUAACUUACAGUAUUAAGGAUAUAAAUGUAAAUAUAAUCGAAACAGAGAGAUAAUGAAAAGUAGUGACUCCAUAAGAAAAGUUCUCAUGGGAUGUAAAAACCGGGAACUAAAAGUAAAGCAGUUUGGUUAAACCAUCAAAAUAUAAAAUAACACGUUGUAAUGAAAGAUCAAAAGAAGGUUCAGUUGGAGGCUGCAAAUGUUGAUUGACAUUCUCAUUUUUGAUAUUCCUGCGAAAUAUCUUCUGCAAUACAUACUCUCAUCUGUCGAGUCAGUAUCGAGUUCUGCAUGAUCUAUUAUUUCUGCUUCGUCAGAAUUAGAUGAAUUAUAUAACUAGUAAACAUAAUUUUUUUAAUACUUGCAUCAGAACACGCCUGUUAGCAAAUUGUUCACUUAACUCACUACGCUAUAAAACGCCUGUUAGAAAACUGCUCAAACAACACGAUUUAUUUUGACAAGGGAUAAUGGCAGACUAGUUUGACCUUCGAACAUACUGUGUAGGAUUGGUGGAGGGAGGAAUACUCGGCACCGUCGACUCUUCUUUUACAAGAACAAUAGAAUUAUUUUAAGAAUUUAUGGAAUUACGAAAAGUUGCCGCGGGUGCGUGUAAUGACGUGUUAAAUCUAAUGUCGCACAUACUUUUUUUUUAAUACAUACUUUCCUAUCUAUAUUCAUUCAUAUUCAAUAGCUUUGGCGUUUCAGCAGCGCCAUUCAACUUCCCGGAACUCAUAUUAACAUUUCCAGUUGGUUGUUGUUGGUGGCACAUUCCAUUUUUGAAAGAAAUUUAACGCAUUAAUUGUAGAAAAAUAUUUGAAGACAUGUAGAAAAUGUUUAGAACUAGACCUACAAAAUUGAUGUAUUUUUCUACUCCCAAAAAAUGCCCUUUUUUACAAAAAAAUUUGGUUCGACUUCCACGACAAAAGUAAUACACACCUGAAGCCUUGUAGUAAAACGUUUACCCUUAUAAACGACAGUAAUGUUAGAGAAGAGUGUUAAGUGUCUUUUUUGAAACACUAAAUGGUAUAAAUUUUGGCUUUUUCAUAUAGAGAUUGGUACUGAUGUAUCCUUAGCUAAAACUCUUUAAUAUAGGUAUGACUAAAACACUACAACAAUAUUGCUGUUUAAAACGUUUUAAAAAGUUCUGAUAGUUACACUAGAUAACAUAAUCUUCUUUGUAUAUCUUAUUCUUUCAGAUACGCUGUAAGUACCAAAAAAAUCAAAAUUUACACAUUAAGUGUUUUUGGCAUUGGAAAAGAACUGAGCUAUUUUUGUUUAAAUAAUGGUGAUGCAAAACAUCUUAUCAUCGUAGUUAAGUACUCUGUAUUUAUACUGCUUCUUGAUUUUGUACCAACAGAAGAGCUUCUUACACGCUACGUCUACCUUGCUUUAAUAUACAGGUCAUUUUUCUAUUAAAUCAUUCCAUAUUAAAUAUAUUAUGUUUAUAUGGGAUUAAGCGACAAAUAAUUGUAAUGAAAAUUUUAUUUUAGAAUUGUUAUUUGACGUUUCGAUUUCCACUACUGAAAUCAUUUUGAAAAAUUAAAUUAGUGCGGUGUUAUUAUAAUCAAGUUAUUUGGCGGAUAUUGUUUUUCAAAUUGACAGUUGAUUUACUUGGCCUUGCUCUUUUAGGCCAUGCUUAUAGUCGUGCUAUAUGCCGACAAGAUUUAGGUCAUCUAAGUUAGCCGUCAAUUUGGAAAACAACGGCCAAACAACUUGGUUAUAUUAACAACACACUAAUGUAAAAUAUUCUUUUUUGAAAAUUAUUUCCGGAUUGGAAUUCGAAACGUCAAAUAACAGUUAUUAAAAAUGCAAUUUUUAUAGCAGUCAUUUGUGGUUUAUUCCAACACAAACAUAAUAUUUAAUUUGGAUAUGCCACAAUAAAAUAGUUUCGGAACCUUUUUAUUUCAUAUAUUUCAUCUUAUCGGAUUCAUAACCUCAACAUUAACCUUUUUUUAUUUUUCUUUAAGUGGGUAUAUUAUGAUAAAUUGAUAUGAUUUUACUCGGUUCUUUUUCUAAAGCCUUUUACGUUUCUUACCUAUAAUAAAUGUGUAUUUGUAAGUAUAAAAAAUGUAACAUGCUGUUGAAGAUGUUCACUGUAGUGCACGAUCUUCGUUUUUAAUUUUUCUUAUUCUAUCAGCUUAUAUUAAUUCCUUCUAUCGUGGUGUUAAAAUUUACCUUCGAGGAUAUUAUAUCCGAAAACAAUGUUAAAAAUAUCUGCAUUUAUGCUUAUCGGGAAUACUUGAGACCAGUGUCACUAACGCUUGAUGCACACUUGUGUAUCUUUAAGUCUCGUGCAAGCUGCGUUCGGUCGCUGGUGGUUCAGCAGUACAUGAGUUGUAAUUAGGCACUGCACACUCGAACGGAGCCGCGGCGUGCAAGCUACUUGCACAAGUCGGGCGGUUUGGCAGUCUGUGCUAGGCAGUCAGUGAGUACACAUUGACCGCGCGAUGGAUUUCAACGUAUUGACACUGAGAAAUCACUCAAAUGUACAUUGACGGAAAACAAACAAGCCAAGCGCCCGCAACUUGCUCGCAGUGUGCACGCGACUUGCUCGCAGUGUGCACGCGACUUGAAAACGCGUAAGUGUGCGUCGAGCCUAAGCUCUAUCGAUUCCAUACUUUCGCGUCAAGUUAAACCUUUGUAAAAAUUGUCACUAUUCGAUUAUAUUUUCAAAAAAACUGUACCGGCAUCAAUUUUUAUUUAAAAUUCAAGCAUUACUUAUGUUCUUAAGAAAAAGAAGAAAAAAUUUAAGAAGGUUCGUUUUUUGAAAUAUUAAAAAUCAACGAUAUUGUUGGCAACUUUCAUGUGUUCGUUCAUUUUUUUUUCAAUUUUAUAGUCUUGAUUUGUAGCUAUAGAUAAGUAUAUGUUGUAUAGUCUUUAAGGCUUAUAUUUUAUUUCACUUAUUUCAUGUUAUUUGUUUUAUUCUAUAAAUAAAAAGCGACCUUUGCUGUUCAAACAAACUUAAAAAGAAUUUAUUGUAAAAUUGGAUACAUAUUUAGAACAGGUUAAAAAUGUUCAUACAAAUUCGAGUUUUUUAAAAUAAAAUAAGAUUUGCAAAUUUUUAGAUAAGUACUUCUCAAAUUGACGUAUUUCUUAAUAUUGUACGAAGUUGUUAAAAUACAUCCCGUUUUUACUGAGACAAAAAUUAUAUCCAUCAAAAUAAUCUCAAUUAAACGUUUAAAAUACUUGUGCAACAAUAUGUUGUAAGUAUGAAGAACGUUGGAAAAAAUGAUGCCAUACUCUCAAGGAAACGAUCUUUGAUAUCAAGCCUUCUGUAAAAAAUAGACAAAAACAUUCACAGUAAUUACGUAUUUUUUAUGGGAAAUAAGCCACAAUUUUAAUAAAAAAUGAAUUUAUUAACGUUUCGAAGCCCAAAUCGGGUUUCGUUGUCAAAACACAAAAUACUAUUAAAAUAAAACAAACAUGUUGUUGCUAAGUAAAAAAAUUCUUCUAAUAAUUUAUUUAAUCUGACUCAUUUAUAUUGGCAAUUCAGACGUAUAUUAUACAUUUUAAAGUAGAAGACUUUAAAAUGAUAUCGCCAAUAUUUAUGAGUUGCGUUCCUGGGACAUAAUAAUUGGUAAAUAUUGGCGAUAUCAUUUUAAAGUCUUCUACUUUAAAAUGUAUAAUAUACGUCUGAAUUGCCAAUAUAAAUGAGUCAGAUUAAAUAAAUUAUUAGAAGAUUUUUUUUACUUAGCAACAACAUGUUUGUUUUAUUUUAAUAGUAUUUUGUGUUUUGACAACGAAACCCGAUUUGGGCUUCGAAACGUUAAUAAAUUCAUUUUUUAUUAAAAUUGUGGCUUAUUUCCCAUAAAAAAUACGUAAUUAUAAAAAUGCCACAAGGAAAUAGCUUCAGAACAACAUUCACAGUAAUGAUUUACAUAAAGGACACGGCACACAUCUCAUGGAAAAUCAUUAUAAUGUCAGUAAAAUUCAAUAAAAUUUACAUGAAUAGAUUCGCCUCGAAAUUUCACUUAAUAUCAUUGCGCCAACUCUGAAUUUUCAUUAAUAACGGCGUAGAUUAUAAUAAAAGUUUAUGGAUUUAACAUUUUUGAACUCCAUAAAGCUGUCAUUCAUAAAUACUAUUAGUCUAGUCACUAUUGAAAACAGCUUAACCCAGCGUGAGCUAAGCCGAUUAGAGGAACUAUACAUGUACUUUGAUUCGACUAAUCAAAUUAUACCUACUACAUUAAAAGUAAGUCUCUGCCUUUAUACCCUCAGAAAGAUUUAUGAACUGGCAAUUCACAAAAUCUGUUUUCUCUCUUUAACUCACGUACAUACUCAUUUGAUUUUAGAUUUAUUUAUAUCGAUUUACGCCGUUAUUAAUCAAAAUUCAGAGUUGGCGCAAUGAUAUGAAUUCAUUGUAAUUUCUAGACGAAUCUAUUCAUCUAAAUUUUAUUGGCAUUUCAGUGAUAUUAUAUUUUCCAUAAGAUGUGUGCGGUGUCCUUUCUUAAAUUUGUUUAAAAUAAACCAUUAUUUUAGCUGUUAAACGAAACAAUAAACAUAUUCCUCACUUACACUCCGCUUGUUUAUUUUCGUUAAUUCUAUUAGUCAGCGCAGUUUAUGUAAAAUCAAAGUGUUACCUUUUGUGAUCUCACCAAAUUUGGCGAAGAAAAUAUUUUGAAAUAUUUUAAAAAAAAAUUCAUUUCAAAAUUACAUUCUGUCCAUAUUGUGAGUUUUUUUAAGGUAAGGAUUAAAUCUCGAUAAAAGAUAAAAUCUCGAUGAAGAAGAAGUCUCGAUAAAAUUUGUUUUUACGCAUGUAAAUAUAUUUUCCACAAGUGUGUUCACCAUUUUCCUUUUACACUUGCAUUUGUAGUGUGUUGUCUUACAGAAGUACAAAAGAUUUGCACAUUUUAUAAACAAUAAGUUUAAAUAAUGUUAUUUUAAGCAUUUAUACUCUAAUAAUUAAUUUUAAACAUUGUUUCUUGCAUAAAACAUAAUAUUCACUUUAUUUUUAUUUAUUUUGAUAAUUUGUUUUUCGUAAUCAUAUUUUUGUAGAAGAAAAUAUUUAAAUUAUUAAAAUUUCAAUAUUUUUUCUUUUUCUUUUGAGUAGCUUAAAAAUUUAUGCAGGAAACAAUAUAAUUUAGAAUAGUUUCUCUUACAAUGAAAUUGGUUUUAACCUUCUAUAUUGCCCACUUGUGUGAAUGGAGAAAAAUAUUUUAUUAAAUGGUAUUGCAAAUA